AUGGCCAUACCAGAAGCUAUACCAGAUCCCAGCCCAAUCACCAUACCGCUCUUAAUCAAGACACAAAUAGAUAGAGAUUACUAUUGUGUGCAUUUGGUGGUGUUACUUAUUUUGGGGAUGGUUUUGAGCUCUUGGUGUCAGGAUGAUGAAGAUUCUGAUAACAUCUCUGCUGUGUAUAUUGUCACUCUUAAACAAGCUCCUAUUGCUCAUUACUUGGCUGAAGCUAGAAAGAACAGUCAAGGUUUGAAUGGAGAUACUGAGCGGUUGAGCAUUCACAAACCAAGGUCUAUAAAUAUCUCAAGAACGGAUCCUAAGUAUGGCUCAUACAUUGCUCGAGUUCAUGAUUCAUUAUUGAGAAGGGCAUUGAAAGGGGAGAAAUAUCUGAAGCUGUACAGCUACCACUACUUAAUUAAUGGAUUUGCUGUGCUUGUUACCCCGGAUCAGGUUAAUAAGCUUUCCAGGAGGAGAGAAGUUGCAAAUGUGGUCCUGGAUUUCUCUGUUAGAACUGCAACAACCCAUACACCUCAGUUCUUGGGAUUACCACAAGGAGCAUGGGUUCAAGAAGGUGGAUUUAAAUCAGCCGGAGAAGGGGUUGUGAUUGGGUUUAUUGAUACUGGCAUUGAUCCAACACACAGUAGUUUUGCUGAUAAUUCUAAACACCCAUAUCCAGUUCCGGCUCAUUUCUCGGGCGUAUGUGAGGUUACUCGAGAUUUUCCAUCUGGUUCAUGCAAUAGGAAGCUUAUAGCGGCCCGCCAUUUUGCAGCAUCUGCUAUAACCAGGGGUGUUUUCAAUAUAUCCCAGGACUAUGCUUCUCCUUUUGAUGGUGAUGGCCAUGGCACGCACACUGCUUCCAUUGCUGCAGGGAACCAUGGAAUUCCAGUUGUUGUUGCUGGGCAUCAGUUUGGACAUGCAAGUGGGAUGGCUCCUCGAUCACACAUUGCUGUUUACAAGGCAUUGUACAAAAGCUUUGGAGGCUUUGCUGCUGAUGUUGUUGCCGCAAUAGACCAGGCUGCCCAGGAUGGGGUUGACAUAAUAAGCUUGUCAAUCACUCCCAAUAGACGUCCUCCCGGAGUUGCAACAUUUUUCAACCCCAUAGAUAUGGCAUCACUAUCAGCUGUAAAGGUUGGUAUAUUUGUUGUCCAAGCAGCAGGAAAUACUGGACCAUCACCCAAAAGCAUGUCUUCCUUCAGUCCAUGGAUCUUCACUGUUGGUUCUGCUUCUCAUGACAGAACCUACAGCAACUCUAUAACACUUGGCAACAACGUCACUAUUCCUGGAGUUGGACUUGCACCUGCUACACAGAAUGAUACAGUGUACACACUGAUUUCUGCAAUGCAUGCUUUGAAUAAUGACACAACAGUUACAGAUGAUAUGUAUGUAAGUGAAUGCCAAGACUCAAGCAACUUCAAUCAGGAUCUGGUCCAGGGAAACGUCUUGAUUUGCAGCUACUCAAUUCGAUUUGUGCUUGGAAUGUCCACAAUACAGCAAGCCUUACAAACAGCGCAAAAUUUAAGUGCAGUUGGUGUUGUUUUUUAUAUGGAUUCCUUUAUGAUUGGUUUUCAGCUCAACCCAACUCCAAUGAAAAUGCCUGGCAUCAUAAUUUCUUCCCCGGAGGAUUCCAAGGCCUUUAUCCAAUACUACAAUCGUUCCUUGGAGAGAGAUAUCACGACGGGGAAAAUUAUCAAAUUUGGAGCAGUUGCAGCCAUUUGUGGUGGUACAAAAGCAAACUACAGUAAUAUCUCUCCAAAGGUCAUGUAUUACUCUGCUAGAGGGCCGGAUCCAGAAGACAAUUCUUUCGAUAUUGCAGACAUAAUGAAACCCAAUUUGGUAGCUCCUGGAAACUCUAUAUGGGCUGCUUGGAGUUCUGUGGGCGCAGACUCAGUAGAAUUUCAAGGUGAGAGCUUUGCAAUGCUGUCUGGGACAAGCAUGGCUGCUCCUCAUGUUGCCGGUCUUGCUGCACUGGUUAAGCAGAAGUUUCCCAAUUUCAGUCCUUCAGCCAUUGCAUCUGCCCUUUCAACAUCGGCUUCUCUAUAUGACAAGACUGGUGGGCCAAUAAUGGCUCAGCGUGCUUAUGCCUUUCCAGAUCAAAACCAGUCUCCAGCAACGCCAUUUGACAUGGGCAGUGGUUUUGUAAAUGCUACAGGAGCACUAAAUCCAGGAUUGAUUUUUGAUUCCAGUUAUGACAAUUAUAUGUCAUUUCUUUGUGGCAUUAAUGGAUCAGCUCCUGUGGUUUUGAAUUACACUGGUCAUAGCUGUUGGGUAUAUAACUCUACCAUCAAUGCCGGAGACCUAAAUUUACCGUCUAUAACAAUAGCAAAUCUCAACCAGUCCAGAACUGUUCUAAGAACUGUGAUCAACGUUGCUGGAAAUGAGAGUUAUAGUGUUGGAUGGAGUGCUCCUUUCGGAGUUUCUCUAAAAGUGUCUCCAUCACAUUUUUACAUUGCUAGUGGGGAGACACAGGUCUUGAGUGUUUUCUUCAAUGCUACGAGCAACAGCGCUGCUGCUAGCUAUGGAAGGAUAGGACUAUUUGGAAAUCAAGGUCAUGUCGUGAACAUUCCUUUGUCUGUCAUUGUCAAAAUCACAUAUAAUACUACCAUUAACAGCUAAGGCUCGAGGAUGAAGUGCUUUGUUUAAAAUGUUUUUGGUUGGCUGUUUUUUUGCUUGCAAGAUGUGAUUAACCGAUUUUUUCAUUCAUUUUGUUGUAAAUGUAUGAUCAUGUAAGAUCUUGAAGUCUGUGGACAGUAUAGAUACAGUGGUAAAUGGUAGUAAAAACGUUUACUCUC